AUGCAAUCGCUGCUCCGCUCCCGCUACCCCUCGACCUGCGAGCCUGCUGAGGAUCCCGCCAUCGCAAACAUCGUGGACACCGCCCGUUACCCAAUUCAUGAGCUCGACGGCACACAGGCAGCGGCCACAAUCGCAAAGGCGCGAGCGGCGUGGGAGACGUAUGGAGAGGUAUCCUUGCCUGGUUUCAUACGCGCGGACGUGCGAGCGCUCCUUGCCGACGAAGUGUCCGGCCUGCCGGCGCACAACCGCCGGUACACCGCGCCCUACCUGGCGAGGAAGAGCCUCGGCAGCAACGCAAGCCUCGACCCGGAACACCCGCUCAGGAGGUUGUUUCAGAGCGACAUCCAUGCCGUCGCCGGCGACCAAAUACCAAACGCCACGCUGUUGAGGCGAGUCUACGACUCGCCCGCGGUGGCCGCCUUUUUUGCACGCGUGAUUAGGCGCGGCCGCCUCUACCACUAUGCCGACGGCUUGCAGCAGCUGAAUGUGAUGUAUCUGCUCGAUC